AUGGUAAAAGACCUAGAAUUAAAGCCCCUUCAUCCUGGGAAAAUAUUAAAAAGUGAGUUCCUAGAACCUUUGAAAGUGAGUGAGGUAGAAUUAGCCAAAAAAAUUCAAGUAAAAAAGUCAGUUAUUAAGGAUUUAGUGGCUGAAAAAAAGAGGAUGACAGUAGAUUUAGCCUAUCGUCUUUGUUUUUAUUUUGGAGUUAGUGCCGAAUAUUGGCUUAAUUUUCAAAAAAAUUAUGACUUGGAGACCUACCAAGAAUUAGCGGAAAAAGAAAUCAAAAAACAAAUUCGACCGAUGGAGAAAAGAUCUGACAAUUAUCGCACUGAUAAACACCAGAACAACCCAGGCGGUAUCCUGAUUUACAUUCCAGGAGAAUCCGACCUUGCCGGCGAAUUUCUAUUCUCCAAGAAACUAAAAAGUUUAGAGUUUUUGGGAGAAGUCCCCACCGAAGCCAGUCAAAAUCUCUAUGCCCCAGAAUUAGCCCCUAGUGAUAAAAGAAUUACCGGUAGAACCAAGCCUUUAUCCUUAAAAGCUAAACCGGAAUUCCAUCAAGAAUUAAAAAAGUUAGCCAUUGAGGAAAAUUGCCUAAUGAUUGAAGUCCUGGAAAAAGCCCUGGAAAUUAAGGAAAAUAUUCCUAGAAUAAAAAUCUUUUUGGAACAAGAACAUAUUAAUUAUGAAAUACACCGUAUUCCCGAAGGGCAAAUCUAUCAAGAACCAAUUAGGAAGUUCAAGAAAGCCCGACCAGCCAAAGUUGAUAUUUUUUCUGACUAUGGCGAAGCUUUGAAAGAUAAAGAAUUAGAAGCCGAAAAAAGAUUAUUAGAAGAAAUGGACGACGAAGAAGAAUGA